UAGGCCGUUGCAACUUCCUUCCCUUCUUCUUCCAAUUAAUUCUGUAUUUCAGUUCCCGAUCAUCAAGCAAGGUAAUUAAGGCCGUCGACGUUAAAUUCACACACACCAGGAGGCGGAGGGAGAGAGCUAAUUAUAAUUAACGCUAAUUCGUCAUUAAUGGGAGAAAGCAUUUGGAUUAGGGAACGUUUGUCGCCCUAUUCCCCGUUGCUUAUCCUAAUUACAAUCAGCUCCCUGUUGGCGUGUUGCGGCGCCAAUUUCCACCGGGAUGUUGACGUCACGUGGGGCCAUGAUCAUGCCAAUAUCUCCGACGACGGCAGGCUCCUGACGCUGACCCUCGACCGUCUCUCCGGCGCCGGCUUCCAGUCCAAGAAGGCUUACCUCUUUGGGAAGUUCGACGUGGAAAUGAAGCUUCCCCCUGGAAAUACCGCCGGAAUCGUCACAACAUUCUACUUGACGACGGCAGAAAAACAUGAAGAGAUCGAUCUGGAGUUCUUGGGGAAUUUGACCGACGACCCUUACACCUUGCAUACAAAUGUGUACACCCACGAGGUGGGUCAUAGGGAGCAGGAAUUCAGUCUCUGGUUCGACCCCAGACAGGACUUCCACAAAUACACCAUUCUUUGGAAUCCUCUCAUCAUCAUCGUGUUUGUGGACGACAUCCCAGUUCGAGUGUUCAACAACAGGGAAGCCGUGGGAGUGCCGUACCCGAACACGAAGCCCAUGAAGAUCAAGGCCAGCAUUUGGAACGGCGAGAAAUGGGCCACGCGAGGCGGGCUCGUGAAAACGGACUGGAACGAGGCCCCAUUCACGGCCUCGUACAGAAACCUGGAGAUCCAGACGAUGGCGGGCUCGGUCGGGAGGAAGAACAGGCCGCAAUGGCCGUUGACCCAAGGGCUGGACAAGGCCGGGAAGAAGCUGCUGCGAUGGGUUCGGCAGACCCACAUGAUCUACAACUACUGCCACGACCCCAAGCGCCACCCCCGCGAGUGCCGCCACUUCAUUGACAUCUGAUCUGAUCGCUCUCCAGUCUCCAGUCCACUGCUUCUUCGGCUGUGUGAUUUUUGUGUAAUGAAUUGACGCCUCAUUUUGGGUUGCAACGAUGUAAGAUCUCUUGUUGUUCCAUUCCCAGUGGUUGGAGGAAAAAUCAUGAUGAGAAGCUAGUAAUGAUUGACUUAUAUUAUAGAAGUGGACAAUGUAUAUGGUUUCACGAAUAAGGUUGCAACAAGAGGCAGAGUUUAGUCGAGUCACUAAAAGAAAAUAUAUGAUUCAAU